GAGGUCAGAGCCCACUCUCAGCGACGUGGGAACCCAUACUCUACUUGCUCACAAAGUUAUUUACUGCGAUAAUGACUGCCGACACACAGCCAAAUGUCCCGGAAACUGAGCUGCCACAGCCCACCCGCUCCACCGCCGACUUCUGGAAGGUCGCCAACUCUAAGCUUAUCAGGUAUGGCGGGCAGUGGAGUGACGUCCGCAUCGUGCGCGCCAAGGGUACAGUGAUGUGGGAUGAGAACGGCAAGCGCGUGAUGGACUGGACGUCGGGACAGAUGUCGUCUGUGCUCGGCCACGGUCACCCAGAGAUCGUGGCGGUUGUCGACAGAUACAUGCGCAACCUCGACCACCUGUUCAGUGGUAUGAUUUCCGACCCAGUUGUGGACCUCGCGGAGGCUCUCACGAGCAUGCUCCCGCCUCAGCUCAACAAGUGCAUGUUCCUAUCUACGGGCGGCGAAACGAAUGAGUGUGCGCUCAAGAUGGCUAAAAUGUACACGGGCGGACACGAGAUUGUGUCCCUCAGCGCCUCGUACCAUGGGAUGACGCACGGCGCAGGUGCCGCGACGUUCUCGGUCGGCCGCCGCGGCUACGGCCCCCAGCUCCCUGGCAACCUCAUCCUUCCUGUGCCGUACGCGUAUCGCUCUCCCUUCCGGCACGCGGACGGGAGUUACGACUGGCGCACUGAGCUCGAGUACGGGUGGAACCUCGUCGACCGACAGAGCACGGGCGCGCUCGCGGCCGUCAUGAUCGAGCCGAUCGUGUCCACCGGCGGCAUCAUCACCCUCCCCGAGGGAUACCUCAAGGAGCUCAAGAAGGGAUGCGAGAAGCGAGGAAUGCUGCUCAUCGUCGACGAGGCACAGACGGGCAUGGGACGCACCGGAGACAUGUUUGCGUUCGAGCACGAGGGCGUCGUCCCAGAUAUGCUCACGUUGUCCAAGACGCUCGGCGCAGGGCUGCCACUCGGCGCGACAAUCGUCACCGAGGAAGUGGAGCGCGUGUGCGCCGAACGCGGCUUCUUCUACUACACGACGCACCUGAACGACCCGCUCGUUGCGGCCGUCGGCGCAAAGGUGUGCGAGAUCAUUAAGCGUGACGAGAUGCACAAGCACGCCGCGAAGAAGGGCGAGCUCCUGAGGCAGGGGCUCCUUGGUCUCCAAAAGAAAUACCCGUGCAUCGGCGAUGUGCGCGGCCGCGGGCUCAUGAUGGGUAUCGAGAUUGUGCAGGCCGACAAGACCCCGGCGGACGAGCUCGGCACACGCGUCAGCACACGAUGCAUGGAGCUCGGGCUCAGCUGCAAUGUCGUGCAGCUGAAGGGCAUGGGAGGCACGUUCCGCAUUGCCCCGCCGCUCACAAUCACGCCCGAGGAGAUUGCCGAGGGAAUCGCGAUCAUGGACCGCGCGUUUGCGGAUGUGUUGGCUGAGAACGAGAAACAGUAAACGUGAGAUUCAAUGUGCGAGAUGUGAGCAUAUGUUGCCGGGGUUCGGUUACGAGGGGGUAUGACGUGAGCCGUUUCGGCUAUCGCCGCUUCUC